CACCGCUGAGUUCGCGUUUCCCUAGCAACCAUGGAAGCCGUCAACAAAUCCGGCAAACGGAGACGUGGGAAAUGUAGACUAAGGGAACUUCCCGACGGCGGCGCUCCGCCGGACGGACGCGGACUCCAGGCUGCAGCUACACGGAGGCCGGAGCAGCUGGAGGUCGGCGUGAACAGACAGGGCCUGUCGUCCGCACUCCGGCUCCUGGUGGAGUCCAUGUCGGGACGGAUGGACAGCAGCGACCCCAAGGGUCACACGGUCAUGUACUCCCAGAGCCAGCUCGACACCUCCACCCAUCUCAGGUGCCUGCUGGCGAACGGAGCCGACGUCAGCGUCACCACAGACUCGGGGCAGACCCCGCUGCACCUGGCCGCCUCCGAGGGCCUCCUGGACUGCACACAGAUCCUGGUGCAGGCCGGUGCAGAUGUGACGGCCCGGGACGGCACAGGACACACACCUCUGGAUUUGGCCCGGAUCUGGUGCCACAGAGAGGUGGCAAGGUAUCUGAAAAGCUGCAUGUGGGAGGCAGGGAAGAAGAAAGAAAUGGAGGAGAGGAAGCUGGCUCAAGCUUUGCGCGGUGAUCUCGUGGCCAUGGCAAAACUGAAUGAGCUCAACAAAAGGACACUUGUAGAGGAGAAGCUGGCAGAAUGGGCGAACAAGAAGGGUCUUCCCCACCUCAAGGGUUUCUCCCCCAGAGUCCUAGUGAGCCAGUACCACGACCGGUGCCUCUCAUCCGACGAGGACAGCUCUGAUCUCAAACAAGCCAAGGGCCUGGUGAAGCACCAGCCGAGAGGCCUCCAGGAGAUACCCUUCUCACCCUGGACCAUCUACACGGGCCUCCCGCCUGGGAAAUCCGUCUCAGAGCCUGACCUCCGGGACAGUGUUACAGUGUGGAGAGACAGCAGCAGCAGCGGGCGGCCUCAGUACACCACCAGUUGGGACGGCACACCUCGCGCCGCCCCUGACCUGCCUUUGGACGUCCUGGAGAGGGUGUUGUUCCCCCGGGCGUUCCCGUCCAGGAUCGUCUCCCUGCGGCACUUUGAGCCACAGAGCAUCGUGGAGGUCCGGCACAGGGGACGCCCCCGGGGACGGAGCCUCUCCCCCUGGACGGAGGCGGCCAUGCACCUGGCUGAGGUGCUGGAGCCUGGACACUACUGAUUUAACACACUUUCACAGAUUUUAUAUCGAAUGAUGUGUAAAUUAGCACAUUGGGAUUAGAGGGUUACAUUUGAGGAAAACAUGUCCUUUGUACAAUCUCUAAUCUGGGGUCAUACAAGCAAACAUAUCCUCAUAAAAUAUCUAGCCGCCCCAUAACCUCAGCUCUUGAGUGACAACAUUAAAAAUGCCACUCUCUCCAGAAGGCAGAGUGAACAGAGGAGAGAGGGUGAAAGAUGAGAAACCCUCAGUGAACUGGGUCACCUGUCACAGACGUACCCCUGCACUUUCACUGAUCCCCCCCCAGGGAACUGACUCAGGAUCCAGGUGAGGACUUGUCAACAGCAUGUGUGUGCACUGUCAACUGAAGGUGUGUUUGUGUGUAGUGGUUUUGUCUUUUUCUUUUACUUCAUGAAGCACUUCACACCUCAGUGGGGGUCAUAGUGCACACUUGCCUCAGCCUGGUGCUCCCACUGCGACAUGAAGCCACAUGGGACUUAUAGAUAAAAUAGUUGAGUGUGUAUGUGCAUGACAACAGCUGGAGAAUCCAUUGCAACUGCAAAUUAAAUUUUACAGAUUUGUUGAAUUUACCUGGUUUCAUUGGAAAUGAUGAGGAUCGGUUCAUCUAUCACACACAGGCCUGCGAAAAUAACCAUUUAAUUUGCAGUUAUUUCAACAAAAUCUUUUUAUUUCACUAUACAGUCAUGUGUGUGUACCAGCCGAAAAUGAUCCACACUCCCAAGAGAUUGUUAGAAAGAACUUUUGCCUCUUCAAAAGCACUUUUCACCAAAACCACUGACUGAGCAGCUUUUUUGUCCCCAAAUUCAUGGAGGCUUGUAAAGAGUCAUUGCACAGGUUUCGAUCAUCAGAAGUGUUUCUGUUCGUCGUCCGAUAAUAAAUGUAUAAAAAAAAUCAGUUUAUUACUGUGACUUCUUUAAAAAAAAAUAGUCCAAGAAAGUUGGGAAGGUUGCAGGCUACAGCUCUGAUGAGUAACGGGGGGAAGAAAAAGAAAACAAUCUCACAGGGCACAUUGUUUCCGUGGCGAGAUGCUGACGAUCCAGAAAAGGGAGACGUCUCUUGUAGGUCACCAAAGAAAGUGCCUUUUCAUCAAUGAGCAUUUACAACAUGUCAUACCAUGUAAUCCCAAAAAAUGAUCUCCAUAGAUCAGAGGCUGAUUCCUUACAAUGUAACUGCCCUUUAGUGCUUCAGUUGAAUUUCUCCUGUAGCUGGUUCGCCACUUUUUAUCCUUUCUAGGAUCAUUUCUCACAAAACGACCGAGCUCGGACUUCGGCGUUAAAUUAAGAAAGUACCUAUUAGACCGUCUCAUUAAUCUCCAACCCACCUUUCACAUCCGAGGGGAUUAAAAAAAAAAAAUACUAUCUCCAAUGCUACUUUUGUGUAUCGACUCCGAUGAAGCGAGAGACGUACGACAC